GUCACCACUCUCCUCUUGAAGUGUGGACCUGUAAAGGCUAGCAAUUUCAAGAUGCGCAGGUCAAAGCUAUUGAGGACGUCCUCGAGCCAAAGCCUCUGCAGCUUUUGCGCUGGUCGCAUCAAUCCUCACAUCCGCCAGACGAGUAUAGCUCGGAGCAAUGCCUUCCAUUCGACUGCCACCCGCGCUCAGGAAUCCGAUGACUUCGACUUCUCGGAUCCUGCUGAAGAAGCCCACAAGGCCAUGCUUGAGGCAAAACGCCAGAGGGAGGAACAAGACGCUGCUCGUCGCAGGCAACAGGAGGAAGCAAGAGAGAAGCUAGCCGCCCAGAGGUUGUUCGGAAAUGCACAAAGGAAAACACCACAAACUCAGACGUCACAAACGAGUCAAUCGAACCCCUCGCCGCAACAGCCUCAACAGCAGAGACAGCAAAGGCCGAAUCAACAGUUCUCGAUGAACCGCCCGGAUCAACAGCAUUCGAUGAAUCGCCCGGAUCAACAGUUCUCGAUGAACCGCUCGGAUCAACAAUUCUCGAUGAAUCGUACGAAGCAACAGCCUAAACAGACGUCCGGUUCACCGCGAGCAGUCGAUGCGAACGCCAACCGGCCUUUGAACCGAGUACAAACUGCUCACCGCGACGGACGCUAUGAAAAUGCAAAAGCCAAUCGUUCUGCACUACAGGACACGUUAUUGAAGAAACUCGACGUCAUCAAGUCUGUGGGUAGCAUGCCUAGUCUGGACGACAUGGCGGCCAAACAGGAGCCUAGGAGGAACAAUCAGCCCGCUCCCAAGCCCGCUCCAAUGCCGCAGUUCAAGAUGAAAUCAGACCCUCCUCCUGCUCCUCCUUCUCAACCUACCGUCAAGCCCCCGUCGUGGAGGACUGCCGCUUCCACGCCUCAACAGGCCGCUCCGUCCCCGAGUGCUGCCGAGCCCUCAGUCAAAGCAGCACAAUCCUCCGAGACACCAACACAGACUUCACAACCAUCGCGAUCCUUCGAAGAUGACGACGACGAUAUAUUUGCGUCUGAUGUGCUGUUGGCAAGGAAAGCCCUGGAGCCAGUUCCUCUUCCGCCAGUUCAAAUCCGACCAGUACAAGUAAAGGAAAAGGCCGAGGAUGACGUUGAAACUAACAGGGAGAUCGCAUGGCGCGUAUGGCAAGAAGACGAGAACCGCCGCAAAGCAAGUGAGCUGCAUCAGCAGACCUUAGCUCAAGAACAGUCAUCUCCUCCUCGUGCUCGCAACUUUACUGAGCUUGCCUCCUCGAUGGUCAAUCCACGCACAGCGAACGCCAUGAGACGCACCGCAUCUGUAGCAACACCGACGCCCCAAUUAGAACCGCAACCUGCAUCAGCAUCACCAGGGGAAAGUAGCGGUUUGUCACAAGAGGAGGAAAGAAUGCUCGAAGACUUGUUGGCUCGCAAGAACAGGCUGGCCGCACCUCCUUCGGAACCGUCUGUUGAAUCUCUGUUCGGUGAGCAAGACCAACAGGUCAGAAAUGCCCUCAUUGACGAGUCAAAGAAGCGCCUUCAACAAGAGCAGGCCAAGUCAGCCGAGAACCGUCAAUCGUCCCGAGCCUCUCGAUUCUCGACUAUGAUGGUCAACAGCCGUGAUGAGCCAGACGACACACCUUUUGAGAACGCCAAGAGCUGGAACAUCUUGAAACCCAGACAGCAGCAGGACGAUCAGACACGAUCGCAGCGACAGACCCAGGCGGGCAGUGGGAGAUAUACACCCAUGUCAGUUGUAGACAUUGAUGCCAGGUUCGAAGCAUACCGACAGAAGCGUCAACCAAGAGUUGGCGGCUUUGACAUCGAGUCUCUGAAUGUCGAAAGGCCCAGAACCUACGACCGUUCUCGUCCUGGUCAAACUUGUGUCAGAUGUGGCGAGCCUGGUCACGAGUUCCGCAACUGCUCCAACCCUCCCAAGCCCGGCUGGGUCGAUCGAAGACAACACCCCAACGCUGAGAGAUUCGAUCGCAAUGCACCACGGAGCGACAGAGAUGGCCGACGACCAAGAGAAAUGAGGGACGCAGGUCAAGAAAUGGCCGCUGCGUAUGCGCCCCCAGCGAGCGCAGAAGGUUCAGCUGAGACUGAUGAGUUGACCCCUGCCGAAGAAGAAGCAAACAGAAAAAUUGCGGAGCGUAAUGCCCGCAGAGCUUCCCGUUUCGUGCAGGAGGACGGAGACGAAGCACCCAGGGGUGCACCUGUAAGAGGUCGCCGCAGUCGUUCUGAGGAAGUGGAUGAUGAGGAUGACGAGAAGCCACGCAGAGGUCGCCGAAGUCGAUUCGACGACGACGACGACGAUGCGGAGGGCAACUUUGGAGCCAUGCGCAACAACCGUGAUGAACGCAAGAAAGCUCGCCAAGCAAAGAAGGACAAGGCCGCAAAGGAAGCUGCUCGUCAAGCCGCACGACAGGCAAGACGUGCAGAGGCGAUGACACCUAUCAACCUGCCUGAGUUUGUCAGCGUGUCGAAGCUUGCACAGUUGACCAACGUCACAUAUCAGGAAAUGGCCGAUAAGAUGGAAGAGCUGGGCUUUGAGAACACUUCGCAUGACCACGUCUUGGGUGCCGAGGAAGCCGGCUUGAUUGCUAUGGAGUACAACUUCGAUCCCACUCUUGGUGCACAGGAAGAGGCGGAAGCGGAAGAGCGCGAUCUCAAGGCUUUGCCUGAGCCUGCACCAGAGGACAAGGAAUACUUCCCCGUCCGACCCCCUGUCGUUGCUAUCAUGGGACACGUUGAUCAUGGAAAGACUACUAUUCUUGACUACCUCCGCAAGUCGUCCAUCGCAGCUUCUGAGCAUGGUGGUAUCACUCAACACAUUGGUGCUUUCAGCGUUGCUCUGUCAAGUGGCAAGACAAUCACUUUCCUCGACACUCCCGGUCAUGCCGCUUUCUUGGAAAUGCGCAAGCGUGGUGCCACUGUGACUGAUAUCAUCAUUUUGGUCGUCGCGGCUGACGACUCGGUCAAGCCUCAGACGAUUGAAGCCAUCAAGCAUGCUCAGUCGGCACAAGUACCCAUCAUCGUCGCUGUCAACAAGAUUGACAAGGAAGAAGCAAAUGUAGAUCGUGUCAAGCAAGAUCUGGCCCGCCACGGAGUUGAGAUUGAAGACUAUGGUGGCGACACCCAAGUCGUACCUGUUAGUGGUAAGACCGGCCAGGGUAUUGACGAGCUCGAAGACGCCGCAGUUACACUGUCCGAGAUUCUCGAUCACCGCGCCGACACCGAAGGACAAGUCGAAGGUUGGGUCCUCGAAGCUACCACAAAGAAGGCCGGCCGUGUAGCUACUGUGCUAGUCCGCCGCGGUACUCUAAAGCCCGGCAGCAUCAUCGUAGCAGGUAAGACAUGGGCACGUGUCCGCACUCUCCGUAACGAGGCCGGUGUAGCCCAGAUGUCCGCAGGUCCCGGUACUCCCAUUGAAGUCGACGGCUGGCGGGAUCAACCCAACGCAGGCGACGAAGUCCUCCAAGCACCCAACGAGCAGAAAGCCUCUGAUGUAGUCGCCUUCCGCGACGAAAAGGACGAGCGCAUUCGCAUGGCUGAAGACAUGGAAGUCAUCAACACCCAACGCCGUGAACAGCAAGUCCAGCGUGACGCAACAAAGGAAGCCGAAAAGGCCGAAAAGGCAGCCGAGAAAGCAGCAAGAGCAUCCGGCACGGAAGUAGAACCCACCGCUCGCAAAUCCAACACUGAUGUCGACGAGAACGAAACUCCAGGCCAUCAAACGGUGCCCUUCAUUAUCAAAGCCGACGUCAGCGGCAGUGUCGAAGCCGUCUCCGCCUACCUUCUCCAAAUGACCAACCCCCUCUGCUCUCCCACAGUGCUGCGUGCCUCCGUCGGCCCCGUCACUGAAUUCGACAUCGAACAUGCCGACGCAGCAGGUGGCCACAUCAUCGCCUUCAACCUUCCCAACGACCCCGACAGCGCUGGCCGAGCCGAACGCAAAGGCAUCAAGAUUCUCGAGCAAAACGUAAUUUACCGCAUCGUGGAUGAUGUACGCGCUGUGCUUGAAGAAAAACUGCCACCACAAAAGAUCCAAAAGGUUACUGGAGAGGCCGAAGUAGCUAUGAGUUUCGAGAUUGGAGUUGGAGGUAGAAAGAAGGUGAAGAUUGCGGGAUUGAAGGUUAGAAAUGGUGUUGUUACUAGGAACUCUAGGGUUAGAGUUACGAGGGGUGAAGAGAAGGUUUACGAUGGUAUCGUCAACAGUCUCAAGAACGUCAAGAAGGAUGUUCAAGAGAUGCGCAGAGGUACAGAGUGUGGUAUGGGCUUCGAUGGCUGGGAAAACUUUGAAGUCGGCGAUAUGAUUCAGACUUUCGAGGAAAGAACCCAGAAGCGUACUCUGCCGCUCUAGAAGAGAUGGGAUGGAUCUAGUGUAAGAAUAAUCUUGGAUGCGGAUAGAUCUGUGCAUACCACCGGGUAAAGUAAGAAGCAUGGAUGGGCAUGUAUAUUGGCGUUUUCUUUUCCCUUGUUGUAAGCAACACCUCCCCUUGACCUUUGACUGUAUAUAGAUCAUCGAGUUUCAUGUCAAUACUUGUAUAUGGAAGAAAUGUAUACUAUUAGCAUGCGCAGUGCUUUUGAGCCCUUCGAACAUGGGUCAUUGUUUGUCAAGGCAGCAAAAUCGCACGACAGGAUCAUGGUUUUGUAAUGUGAAGAAGAGGAAGACAAAGCUUUGCUUUUAUGAAGUGUACAUGCGACUUGAAUCAUACAGACUUGCGCAGAUCAGCACCCGCCCAUAAGACUGGAGCGAAAUGUUUUGGCAAGUUUAGGCCAAACAAGCUGACU